GUGUGUCCAUACGCGAGACUUCCAUUUCGUUCUUUUGUCUUUGGUGUCUUGUUCCCUUCACGCCAUCUCUAAUCGUCUUCACUUUCACUUCAUUACCUCAAGCGGCCAGUGCUUCGUAUUGUCCGUAUUGUUACAAGCCCGGGAACUCCAGAGCAGAGCUCUUCGUGAUCAGAACCCACGGCUUCUACGCACCCGUCACUAUAAAUUCCAACCUAUUUUCUUUUGAGAACACACGAUAUCUUGCAUCCAGCAGUAUGAGUACAACAAAUUUCGGCAUGCAGCCAUCGACGCACCUGGAGCGAACAGCGCGACCUGCACACUUCGAGUUCGACUCUUCCACACCGCAAAACGAUCGUGACGACCACAUAGUGAUACGUUUGAACGGACACUUUGAUGGGACAAUCGCUCUACCAAAGACGACCCAAGAACGGGAAGCAUGGGAUAGCGACGCUCAAAUACCUGUGCAGAGGGCUGCCAGCAAGACAACUUCCAGGCCGUUUACAUCACGCGUAUCUCGACACAAGAGCAGGAGGCGCGAACUGCUAGGGCGACAAACAAAAUUAGACACGAGUUUUGCGAGACACAAAGGCGACACACCGCAUCAAGUGUUUCCUGAACAUGGCAUGCAUGGCAUUGGACAGGCAAGGAAAAGCUGGUUCAGUGUUGGACGUUCGUCUAUGAAGUUCAAAGGACUAGGAAUCACGAAAGGCACCCCUCAGCCGGGAGUGUCACAUCGCAGAGUCCCGAGCAUCGAUCGUGAGCCCAAGACGGCAGACUCGUUGGCUCCAGCCCCAGGUACCGCAACCUGGAAUGAAAUCUCGCCAUGGGACCGUCCCAUACCUAUUGGUAUCACGGUUCCGACAGACAGUGUUUCUGACUUCAGCCCAUACCAAGGAGCCCGCCAGCGGUCAGGAAGUGACCUGACCUUAGUCACACCCAGCAUCGUCAUCACACCUGCCAUGCCAAUGCAAUCAAUCUGGUCGCCCGACACCCCAUACACAGAGUCUGACUACACUCCAAGUGUUUAUUCUCGCUACACAUUCAAUCAUCAAACUGACGUACCCCCCGUUCCAGCGCUUCCUCUGGGCAUGACCGGACCAGCCGGCGCACCAGUUCAUGUAAGGCCAGCGCCUGAUUCGCCAACACACAACAGGAACGACACAGUCGACUCCAACGAAACGGCUUUCGAAGAAUACGACAAUGCUCAGCAGAAGAACCGUGUCAUGUCAAGUGAUACUUUCUUUGAGGAGGAUGAGACACCCUUACGCGAACGGACCGCCGAGCCGUCUCUGGUAGUGGACACUUCGCUUGUGCCAACACCGCGACGCUCACAAGGGUGGUGGAAUUUCAUCACAACACCGUUUGUCACCACGCCAUUGACCGGAACGUGGCCUAAAGGUGAUCAGAGCACCCCAAGAACACCUGACGUGCCAACGCUACCACUUGAGUACAGCCGGAGCAACGCAGCGCCAGUUUCAUUGCCUACUGACAGUUGGUCGGCGGUGGAGCAGUCCUACGCUGACCGCACUCUGCCUUCGAAGGUGAGAUUUCCUGUUGUGGUGCCUGUGCCGGUCAGUGAGAGCACGUCAUCACGACAUGCCUCUCCUAUGACGGCGGCGAGUGAGAUCUCCGCAGACAUGGCUCCUAGGCCCAUAGUGCAGAAUAGGAACCACCAAACUGCAGCAACGCCUGACCGUAGUGUGACCUCGCCGCUAUCAGCAAUGUCUGCGACCCCUGUCGUUGGUACAGCAGCUAUGGCGACAGUAUUGAUGCCACGUCAGGUGGAAGAAGCACCUCGACCUAUCAACAUCAACAUUGAGAUGCAAGAUCGCCGACCAGAUGUCAAUGUCCAACUCUUGAAUGCCAACUCGCAGCCAGCGACGCAACAAAACCAUACAUCUUGGCCAGCACCACGCUUUCAGGGCGUUGCGUCAUACAACUCAAGGUCUAACAGCCCUUCUCCAAGUCCACCAACGUUCGCUCCUCCUCCUACCUUUGCUUACAAAGGGUCCCACUUCAGCUACGACCACGCAAGCAAAGCAAGCUCAUCGAUCUCUGUCUCAGAUCUUAAGCGACAAAAGAAACACCGAAAGGUGUUUGACGUGAAAAUGUUGCUGCCAUGUUUGCAGCGAAAACACCAGGAGAAGACAGAGGAGAAGAAGCAGCAGAAGAAGAAGAAGAAGCGGGGAUGCUUCUUCUGGUGUUGCGGUUGCUGCCUUAUCUUGGUUGUUCUGCUUGCAAUCCUGAUCCCGAUCAUUGUUGUUUUCUCCCGGAAGAAACACGACGUGACUCAAACCACCCCGAUCGUAAAUCAGCCAGGUGGUGAGUCAAAGUCCGAGUGGCUGACCUUGACGAAUCUCCCUCCGAUCCCUACUGGUGUAUUGACUAUUGCCCAACCUGAAGCAGUAGAAGAAGAAAGUGGAUGCGUUGCACCUACGACUUUGUGGAGCUGCGCACUGCCAAAGGAAUUGCAGGAAUCGGUAAAGCCCAACAAGCCAGAUCAGCCAAACUUCAGGAUCGAGAUCACAUUCGAUAACAGUAGCUCAUCAACAGCCUCGAAGACACAGACUAAGAAGCGAGCUGCCAAUGCCGUCUCGGUCGGUGCGUUCAUCCGAGAGCAUUUCUUGAACGCUCGUGCGGCAGCUUCGCCAUCUCCUGCACCUCCAAACAAUGAUGACAUGGUUUUUCUGGGAAAGACGACAGAUGGAAACAGUGCACCAUUUAACGGCGAAGAGACACCCCUGUUUGUCUCUUUCCAAGACCCAACGGCCACAGCAUCUCGUCUCGCGAAGCGCGCAGGCAAUGACCCCACAAACAUCACCGCUUCCAUCCCUGCUCCGAUGCUGAACCCAGACGGGACUGCCGCGCCAGCCAACUUACUUCCCUUGCCUUCUGCGCAACCACUUCGGUUGUACAAUCGUGGGAAGGAUAAUGAGCACUACGGCUUCUACACGUACUACGACCGAUCGAUAUUCCUGAAGCAGAUCACCGGAACGAAUCGCGGUGGCAACCCUGCGGAUACGGAUGGCGGCAGCACAGAAGAGGCAGCUACGCUUCGAUGCACGUUCUCCGAAACGCGAUUCCUGGUUCAGAUAUGGACGCGCAGCCAGUCGAGCAAGCCACUUCUGCAGAGCUCCACACAAAACGGUUCGGGCAAUAUGCAGCGGCCAGGAACAUUCCCUUACCCGGUCACCGUCACAAUCGAUCGACAUGGUGGUAACGCAGCAAAGAAGAAUCUUUACUGUUAUGACAUGGAGAGCGAUGGGACCAUCAAAAACGAAGCUUCCAAGCGCUCGUUCCAAUUCGAAGAUCGCGCCUUCGGAGGCAAUCUCGUGAACGGCACUCAGGGGCGCCCGGCCGUGACGGGACCCAUUGACGGAGGAUCGGGAGGCUGCUCAUGCAAGUACCAGAACUGGCUGGAUUAAGGCGUCCGGCAGCAGAUUUCUGCUCUCUUUACAUCGUACCCUGUAUUUAGUGGAGCGCUGGAUUACAUUUUGUCCGCGGCGGCCAAUUGGCAGCCUGGAGUCUGCCACGAUAUGGCAGUGCGUGGCAUUGCUUGUCAUUGCUUGACCACGGCACAUCAGUGAACGCGCACGGCUUGGUCCUACUCGCGUAGCUUAAUGAGGACCACUGGAUGGAUCCCUGUAAAAUAAUAUUACAUAGAGCACAUACUUAAUAUUGACAUCGAC